CCCCUCCGCCGGGCCGAGCGGCGGCGAGAGCGGGCCUGCGGGCGGCGGCGGCGGACGGGCCUGAGGGAGCGGCCGGCUCCGCGCGGGGCUCGCCUCGCCUCGCCCAGCGGGUCCAUGGCCUGAGCGGCCAUGUCCGGCGUGGUGCGGACCCUCAGCCGCUGCCUGCUGCCGGCCGAGGCCGGCGGGGGCCGCGAGCGCAGGGCGGGCGGCGGCGGGGCCCGCGACGCGGAGCGCGAGGCGCGGCGGCGCAGCCGGGACAUCGACGCGGGGCUGGCCCGCGAGCGGCGCGCCGUGCGGCGGCUCGUCAAGAUCCUGCUGCUGGGCGCGGGCGAGAGCGGCAAGUCCACCUUCCUCAAGCAGAUGCGCAUCAUCCACGGCCGCGAGUUCGACCAGAAGGCGCUGCUCGAGUUCCGCGACACCAUCUUCGACAACAUCCUCAAGGUGCGUGCGCCCCGCCCGCCGCCGCCGCACACUGCGCCCCGCUGUGCCCAGGGCUCCAAGGUCCUGGUGGACGCGCGGGACAAGCUGGGCAUCCCGUGGCAGCACUCGGAGAAUGAGAAGCACGGCAUGUUCCUCAUGGCCUUCGAGAACAAGGCCGGGCUGCCCGUGGAGCCCGCCACCUUCCAGCUGUACGUGCCCGCCCUGAGCGCCCUCUGGGGCGACUCGGGCAUCCGGGAGGCCUUCAGCCGCAGGAGCGAGUUCCAGCUGAACUACUUCCCCAGCAAGCAGGACAUCCUGCUGGCCAGGAAGGCCACCAAGGGCAUCGUGGAGCACGACUUCGUGAUCAAGAAGAUCCCCUUCAAGAUGGUGGACGUGGGCGGCCAGCGGUCCCAGCGCCAGAAGUGGUUCCAGUGCUUCGACGGGAUCACGUCCAUCCUGUUCAUGGUGUCCUCCAGCGAGUACGACCAGGUGCUCAUGGAGGACCGGCGCACCAACCGGCUGCUGGAGUCCAUGAACAUCUUCGAGACCAUCGUCAACAACAAGCUCUUCGCCAGCGUGUCCAUCAUCCUCUUCCUCAACAAGACGGACCUGCUGGCGGAGAAGGUGCGCAGCGUCGCCAUCAGCAAGCACUUCCCCGACUUCCGCGGCGACCCGCACCGGCUGGAGGACGUGCAGCGCUACCUGGUGCAGUGCUUCGACCGGCGGCGGCGCAACCGCAGCAAGGCGCUCUUCCACCACUUCACCACGGCCAUCGACACCGACAACGUCCGCUUCGUCUUCCACGCCGUCAAGGACACCAUCCUGCAGGAGAACCUCAAGGACAUCAUGCUGCAGUGAGGCCGCCACGGCCACCGAAUCCGGCGGUACACUACUGAGAGCCGGCGGGCCGGGGCACUGCUGUGUGCGCGCCCGCGUGUGCCCAGGGUGGGUCCGCGUGCCUGCGCGCGCUGACACCAGCACCGAGCGCCCGCCUGCCCGGCUCCCUCCAGCCCGCAGGUCUUCCUGCCACUAACGCAAGCCCUGCCCGUGUGGUGUGUGGGCGACCCAGUGCCAGACAGGCGGGCGCGGGGCUCGGCGCCCCUCCCAGGGAGCGCGUUGCCUUUUAAGACUCCUGUGCCACGUCCCGGAGCCCCCGGCUGUGGGGGGCUCCUGGAGUGUUGUGCCUUAGUGCCCAGGCGCUGCCUCCUCCUGCCACCUGUCCGUCGCAUGGACAGGGCACGUCCCUUGCGUAGCACUGGGCGGUGCUUAUUACUCCCGACCGCCCCGCCCUGCCCUGCCCUGCCACCCCUCCCCUCUUCCCCCGCCAAGUCACACCCGCCGCCUGCAGGUGGCCGCUGGGGUGCAGCGCAGGGUUAGCACAGCCGUGUCCAGCCGGCGGCCUGUGCUCCGCAGACACUGACCCUCAGGGAGCCCGACCCGCACACCCUGGGUCCCGCAGACUGCCACCACCCAGUGCCUCUUACAGCCGUCCCUUCCCAGGGCUGUCCCUUCGCAGGCCGCCCUCCAUCCGGUCCUUCCAGGCUCUGCCUCCUGAAUGCCAGCAGCACGUGCUCCCCACUCGGGGUGCUGGGCCCGUGGAGGCCGCCCGGCAGGUGCCACACUGUACAGCAUGCAUUCCACUGCCGCCUCGGCCCUCCCUGCGGUCUGGGGGGGGGGGGGGGGGCUCGCCUAGCACUUGAGAGAGGAGAGAGCUUCCUCGCUCGCCAGCACCAGAAUCCACUGGCUUAGCCACCCCCGGGCCUGGUCCUCAGGGCCCCUCCCUGGGCCCCAUGUCACACUGAGUCUGCGGCAGGGCUGACCCGGGGCGGGGGGGGGGGGGGCGAGGAGGAGCCCGCUCCCGAGUCACCUCGUCACCUGUUUAGGAGGAGACCACAGCGCGAGAGCCUGGGGGCGUGUGCGGAGGGCCGGCUCUGGUGAGAAAGAAGUUGCUGAUUGGGUGCCGGCCCCUGUGGCUCUCCAGGAGCAGAGGCUGUGGCCCAGGCCCGGCCAUGUGGCCUAGAGGAGAGGGUGCAGGGCACUCAGGCAGGCGGUUCUGAGGUCGCGGUCGCCUUCGGUGCCGGGACGCCGGGUGUCAGGGGUGUGAGGAGCGGGCUGGUCCUCCCCGCCGGGAAAUGGGGCUCGGAGAGGCGGCUGGGCCCGGCUGGGCCCCUGAGCGCCCUCAUCAGGCCGAGCCGUUUGCUCACUUUGGUGUGAGUGUGAGCACCGGGACCGCGCUGAGCGGGGCGGGAGGGCCCGGAGGCCAGGACCCCGACCAGCUCGGCCGCCCUGCACCCUGUGGGCUCCUCGCCUGGCCCGGGCGUCCCGGCCGAGGAGGGCGUCCCGGCGCUGCCCUGUCCUGGGGCGCCUAACCGGAGAAGAAGUUACACUUGUGAGGCUGAACUAAACCAUUUACAACUUUCUACACAUAGACUAGUCCUUCUUGUUUCCAAAGCCUCGGCUUUUGUAAUUUUUUAUCUUAAUUUCACUGUCACCUUGAUAAUUGUCUUUUGUAUUGAGAUGUUGGAGGAGCAGGAGGUAGCGGUGCCUCAUCUAUUAUUGCAACAAUGUAACAAUAAACUUCCUCAAA